AAAGAAGGAGAAGCGGGGGCAAGGGGGAGACUCCUCCUUCUGGCCCGCCUCGCCGGGUAGCAACGCCGCCCGAUUCAGCCCACCUCCCCCCCGGCGCUCCCCGUCCAGUUGGCUUCCCAACCGGGCAGAGGAGAAAAGCUUAGACCGCGGCCGCUCCAUGCCCGGCUGCCCCCCCAGCGGCGCUCGCUAGCCGUCCAUGCCGCGGCCCGGGAUGCUGCUGUGGUGCUGCGCCGCGGCGCUGCUGGCGGCGUGGUGGGGCGCCGCCGACGCCAGCCCGAGCUCGCUUCCCACCGGCGCCCCGCUGGAGGAUGAGGCGGAGAACCAGGAGAACAUCCUCUCGCAGUUGCUAGGUGACUAUGACAAGGUGAAGGCGGUGUCCCAAGGCUCAAACUGCCAGUGCAAGUGCGUGGUGAGACCCCUGGGCAGAGGAGCAUGUCAGAGAAUCAACGAAGGCUCUUUCAAAGCUGAGGAUUUUUACAUGGUGGAAACAAUCACUUCUGGACCGGAAUGCAAGUGCUCUUGUGUGGCUCCACCUUCUGCGCUCAAUCCCUGCGAAGGGGACUUCAGGCUGAAGAAACUUCAAGAAGCAGACAACAAGGACUUCAAGCUGGCAGCUGUCAUUGAGAUGCUAGAAAAUGCUUUCUAUGGUUUAGACUUGCUAAAACUGCAUUCUGUUACAACGAAACUUGUGGGUCGUGUGGAGAAACUGGAAGAGAAAACAUCUAGAAACCUCACUAAAGACAAUAAACAGAAGAGACAGAAUGCAGAAGAAAGUUUUCAGGAGGUGGAUAUUGAUAGCACAAUUAAUCCUUCCAACAGCCAUGCUGACAGCCAGAGUUCAUUGCAGAGGGAUGCUGCAGCAGCUUACACACUCCCAGAGGAAAAAUAUGAAGAUGUUUUCGUACAUGAUGAAACGGCUUCGCGGCAUCUAAGCUCUGCUGAGUCGUUGCAUUAUGCCCUCCCAGCCACAGGGGCAAUGAAUCCAAAAGCAGUUUCACCAAGAAAACUUCACGUGAGGAGCAGGCCUCCCACCCAGCAGAACGUUGUCCGAGGAAUCACUUACUAUAAGGCCAAAGAUGCUGAAAUAGAAAAUGACCUUGAAGAACCCGAAGAAGAGUCUUUCAGUGGCGAUACUAUAGAUUUGCUGAUCGAGGACCAGCUUUUGCAACACAACUACCUGUCAAAUGUUCCUUCAAGGAAACCACCAUCGAUGGAAAAUCUGCUUUUACAUGAUGAUGUUCAACUCCUGAAGGGAGUUACAAGCACCACGCCCAGUGGAAAGGAAAUGUCUGAGAGCAUUAGCACAAUAACAGAAUCACCACUGUCUUCCACAGGCAGGGUGCUUCCUCUAGAAUCCACCCCACUCACUACCUCAUCAGUUGUAUCUACUACUCAAGUCCCGGAGACCACAGCAACAGCUGAGUUUCCAGUAACUGGGGCAGGGUAUAAAAAGACCGCACAGACCUUGAAAACACUGUCUCAGAUUGCCACUCAGGCCCCCACAAUCACAACUACAGCAGAACAGGACACAGCUACAAUGGGGCUACCCAUAAUUAGCACAACCACAACAGAUUUCCACAAAGAGAUGACGCCUGAGCCUACUAUGAUCAAAACUGUGGCUUCUCCAGCCUCUGUGAAUCCUAGCCUUACUGUCACACCGGAAUACAGCCUCGAUGAGGAAGAUAUCAGAAACAGCAUUGGAGAAUGCAAUGAUCUCGACAUACAGUUUUCACACAGCUUUAAUGCAUCUGAUGCAGAUAUUAAUGUCAUUUUCUCAGUCUAUAUCAGCUAUCUGCAGAAGUAA